UAAUGUUAGCUUGUGAAAGAGGACAUGAGGACAUUGUACACAGUUUACUGUCUGCUGGAGCUAAUGUUAACAUUCAGGACAAUAAAGGAUGGACUGCGCUAAUGAUGGCAGCAACAGAUGCAUUAAAAAGAUUAGUUGCUACUUAUACCGUUGGCAAUACAUCAACUCCAGUUACUAAAAAGCUCAAUCCUGGUCCUAUGAUUGAUGAUCAACCAACUUGUUUCUCAUUUACAAAGUGUCUCGAAUCACUUGAUGACUGGGAGCCAUUUGCUUUUUGUCUUCCUGGUGGGAUAACACAACUUGAUGUUGAUAUAAUUAAAAGAAAAGGAAGCUCUUACCUCAGGAUGGAGGCAUUACAUAAGAGAUGGUUACAAGUUAAUCCUACAGCAUCAUGGAGAGAUGUCAUUAAUGCUUUGAAACUAUGUAAAGAGAAUGAACUAGCUAGAACUAUUGAUGACAAAGUGACAGAUCCCACAGCUGGAAGAAGUACUAAUGAUGAUAUGGAAGUCAGUACCAGUAAUGCUAAUCCUGGUCCUAUAACAGGUAAUCCAAAGGAUAUAUUAAGGACUCAUUCUGUUAAACUAGUUCAUGCUAUUAGUGUGAAUCUAUACAAUGUAACUGAUGCACUGCAUGCUAAAGAACUGGUACCACAACAAACUAAAGAGGAGGUGCAUGUACUAGGAGUAACUAAUACUGAGAAAUCUAGUAAACUUGUGAAUGUCAUUGAGCAACAGUUGGAAUCCUCUCUUAAUCCAGAGCAGUAUCUUAUUGAUAUAUGUCAUGUAUUAAUAAACCAACAACAUCGUACACUAACAGAUAUUGCUACCUCUAUAUUACACCAGUUAGACAAAGAUACACCACAUCCUUCUAUGUUAAGCACAUCAGAAGCAAUGCCAAAAAAUGAAAGGUUUCAUGAGCAAGAGAUUUUGUUUAAAACAAAAGAAGAAGAAACAAAAACACACGAUUCAUUAAAGGAAAUUGAAAAAAACUUUACCUCACUGAUGGUAAAAGUCAAAAAAGCAUUUAUCAGUUAUGUUGCACAGGAACCAAAUUCACUAGACACAGUUAAGGAUUGGCUCAAAAAUAGUUGUUAUCUCACUAAUCAUAAGAGUAUUGAUACUGAGAUAGAUGAUGCAAGAACCAUUGAAAAAAUAUGUGAUACUAUCCACCCUCUUUAUGACUGUAUUGAUUUUGAACUGAUAAUGGACAUGUGUGAAAAAUUUAUACCAGAGGAAGAUGAACUUGCAAAGGAACUCAAUGCACAUCAUGAAAAUGCAGAGAAUUUUUAUUCUUCAACAACAAUCAAGCAACUGAAAAAUGAGUUAGAAAAUUUAUACAAGCCAUAUUUGGCAAUUGGCUUGACAAAAAUGCCAAAGAUGAUAAUAAAAUUACAAAACAGAUGGAAUGAAGAAAAAAUGAAGGGAUUGAAGAGAUUAAUUGGGAAAAUGCUGCCACUUGAUUCAAAGCAAUCAAUACUGCAGCACAUUGAGAUUAUACCAGGAUCAGUAACAAUACAUUAUUAUGUCCUUGACAUUACAGCUGAUAGUCUAAUAGAAUAUACUGGAGGAAAGUAA